GCUGCAGGCGGCCGGGCGCGGCGCGGCGGGGCGAGGAUGGUUCCCCUGCCGGGAGGCGAGCGGGCGGCGGGAGGCCAGCCGGCGGCGGCGGCGGCGGCGGCGGCCCAGGAGCAGGUCCAGACGUGGGGAUCUACCCCAGCUGACGUACAGGGACAGGUGACCUUUGAGGAUGUUGCUGUCUGCUUCUCCCCCGAAGAGUGGUCCAUGCUGGAAGGAUGGCAAAAGGAGCUGCACCAGGAAGUGAUGCAAGACAACUGUGCUUUGCUUCUCUCGCUGGGUCACUCCAUUCCCUCGGGAGCAUUUUCAUCCUUAAUCCACCAGCAGGGAGUAGCUGUGGAGGGUCACAAUCUUAGCAAAAUUCCUUCUGAUGGUGAAGACGACGAAAAGCUCCCAUUUCCAGAAGAUCCAGCGGAGGUGGGAGGGCCCUGGGACAUCAAAGACAUGAAAGAGAAGGACGUGGGCCUCCUCUCCCCAUCUAGCAAUCAAGAAGGUGAACCCCAGAGCAGCCUUCACCUCUGUGCCCUCAUGAAGCUCGUGAAGGAGAUUCCUGAGUUUCUGUAUGGACCCGCAGGAGCCACCGCGGACCCAGCCACCCCUGCAGGCAGCAGCAGCAAAGCGGAGGGAGAGGAUGAGCGGCCGGGGACUGAGACCAAAACUGAAGCUCCCACGGAGAAUGCGCAUCCCCCUGGCCUAAAGAUUGAGCCAGCAGAUACUUCCGGGGGUUUGUGCAGCUGCCCUGCCAGUAGCACAGAGGGAGGCGAGGGAGAGCCUCAGCUGCCAGUUAAACCAGAGCGCCCCCCAGAACGAUCCUCCAUCCGUCACGGAGAGAAGGCUGCAGAUGUCGAUCAGCCUGGCCCUCUUGAAACCCCGGCUGCUGACUCACUCACUUGUGGUGACGUGGGAGACCCAGUGGAACACAAAAGUGCAGACCUGGAAGUUGAAGGUGCUGUAGAUCCUGAAUGCCGUAUUUUGCUAGUCUGCCAGAAGGAAGGUGCAGCUAACGGUCUAGAUCCACCCUGGGGCACUUCAGACACCGUCUCCUUUUUGAAUGGUUGCGUCGUGAAAGAGAGGCAGUUUCCCGAGACCAGGAGAGCCAGUUGUGAGGAUGCUUCCAGGCGCUCCCCUCCAAACGGUGCCCGAGAAAUCUCACCUGAGGAGAAGCCCCUCCAAGGCCUGCUGAGAUGCCUCAAGGACCUCAUCGUCCACCAGCCUCUUCCUCCCCACCAAAAACCUUGCAAGGUUUCCACAGGCGGGGGCCAGGAGGAAGAGAGGAAGAGAGUAGGGAGUGGGUCUCCUCCCAUCCGAGUUAAAACUGAAACUCCCGAAGAGGAGCCCCCUGCCUGGGGAGGAUCCAGCCCUCCUGUGGAGCCGGGCAGCAUCCAGAGCGGCGGGGGCAGGAGAGCGGGAGCCCCAGAGAGGGAGGAAGACCGUCCAUGCGCAGCCGUUAAAACAGAGCCAGCGGUUGCCAGCUCCCCACUCAGGCACCUGGACCUACCUGGCUGUUCCUUCAGCGCGCUCAGAGCUGCCGGCAAGGAGAGGACAGCUGAGGAGACCAGGGCCCCGUAUGUGACAAUUAAGAUUGAAGAUGACCCCCCCUUGGAAGUCCUGAUGGGCUGCCUGAAGGAACCCCCGGAAGAGGAAAGAGACCCACCGGGGCAGCUGCCAAACCGCGGAGCUUCACACAGCAGUCAGAAGCCGGGGCUCUGGGUGCCGUAUUCGGAGGAAUGGAGCCCGGCCACCAGCCCUCUCCACGGCCUCUUGAACUGCCUGAGGGAGAUCCCUGUCCCUGGUCCUGACCCUGCCAAGAGGUUGGCUGGCAAAGCAGGAGGAGGAGGAGGAGGAAAAGAGAGGAGGAAAGGAGGAGGAAGAGCACCCCCAGACCCAGCUGAUGACCAGGCAGCACCAGAGGGCCCGUGCCAGGUCUCUGCCCAUGGCUGUAAUCCUCCAGGAGCCACCAUCUGCGGACGUGUCACCCCCUUGCCCGGCUUCGGGAGGUACUCGAAGGAACCGCCUCUGAGCAUGACCAACCAUCCCGGCUCUCCAGCCUUCAGCUCCUCCAUCAGCAGCUCCCCAGACCGACGCCCUAGAUGGACCCCGGAAGCAGGGAAAUGGACGCAGAAGGAGGAAGGUCUCGGCCAGAACAGCCCUUCCUCGCGAGGCCUGAAGAGGGGCUUGCGGGAGCUCCUUCCAAACACGCACAGCCAGCCCGCUUCGCCUGCCCUCAGCUCCUCCUUCAGCAGCAACUCAGACGGGCUCCACAGGUGGACACCGGAAGCAGGGCAGUGGGCCAUAAGGGAGGGGGGAGCAAGCCCCACUGGGAUUCCUCCGCUUCAAGGUCUGGAGAACUGCUUGAAAGAAAUCCCUGUGAGUGGAAAUUCCCUGCAGAACUGUUUCACGACAGCUGGCUCCUUCUGUGCCCAGAAGCUGAAGAAAACAAGUGCCGAACCCCGAAGGCCGUGGGCGAGAAGUGGCCCCAAAGACGCCAUCCUGCAAUAUCCCGCAAGCCAUUCUGGCUGUGCAAAUGAGGAAGUAGUAGCUGGCGUGGGCAGUUCUCCCUUGCACAGACUGAUGAGCUGCCUGAAGGAGGUCCCCAUCCGGCGGCCAAGUUACCUCAACACUCCGGGUGUCUCCUCUGCCUCCUCCAGCUGCAGCGAAUCCGAGAGAGACCAGCAAAGCCCGGGGAGUGGGUCGUGGUGGGACAGCAGUCAGGGUAAGGCAGGCAGCAUCCUCAUCCCCAGCCCACAGGAUUCCCUGAAGGACACGCUGGUUCUAGGCCCAGUCAUCUUGAAAGCACGCCUACCCCGGACUCUGUGGGCAGCAAUGUUGGGCUGGAGAGGCAGAGCAGGGCUCUCCUAGGAAGGUCAAGGCCACCGCGCAGAGAGGAGCGGCUGAUGGAGAGCAGCCCCCUCCAAGGUCUUCUCCGGUGCCUCAAGGAGAUAACUGCCAGGGGCCCCGAUCCAUGCAGCUCUUUGGCCAGCAACACGGGAGGAGGAACUAGAC